AUAGAUAAAAACAAAACUUGCACGUGUAACACGUAAAUUCCGCAAAUGCAUAGCAAUUUAUAAAAAACUGCAACAAAAUGGGAAAACUGAACGUCACUGUACUGCGCUACUUGACCAAGGAUGACUUUCGUGUGCUGACAGCCAUUGAAAUGGGCAUGAAGAAUCACGAACUGGUGCCUGGACCUUUAGCAGCAGCGAUUGCGAACCUCAAAACAGGAGGAGUGCACAAACUUCUGAAAGAACUUUGCAAGCACAAACUGGUCACCUACGAGCGUGGCAAGAAGUAUGACGGCUAUCGGUUAACAAAUACGGGCUAUGAUUAUCUGGCGCUCAAGUCGCUGACACUGCGCGGCUCUGUUAGCUCCUUUGGCAAUCAAAUUGGCAUUGGCAAGGAGUCCAACAUAUAUGUGGUUGCCGACGAGGAGGGUACACCUAUAUGCCUAAAACUACAUAGACUUGGACGUACCUGCUUUCGCAAUGUGAAGUCGAAGCGUGAUUACCAUGGACGUCGUCACAAGGCAUCUUGGCUCUACUUGUCACGUAUUUCAGCAACACGUGAAUUUGCCUAUAUGACAGCCCUGCACGAUCGCGGCUUUCCUGUGCCCAGACCCAUUGAUUUUAAUCGCCACUGCGUUCUUAUGGAACUAGUCAACGGCUGGCCCAUGACACAAGUGCAUGAGCUGUUGGAUAUUCCACAGGUCUAUGAUGAUCUAAUGAAUCUUAUAGUGCGUCUAGGAAACUCUGGUGUCAUUCAUGGUGACUUUAACGAGUUCAAUAUAAUGCUCACCGAUGCCGGCAAACCUAUACUAAUAGAUUUUCCACAAAUGAUGUCCACUUCACACGAAAACGCUCAAUUUUUCUUUGACCGUGAUGUCACGUGCGUACGUGAAAUGUUCAGACGCAAAUUUGCUUACGAGAGCGAAGAUUUCCCCAAAUUUAGUGAUUUGGAGCGUGAUGACGAUUUGGAUGCUGAAGUACAUUGCACGGGCUAUGGCUUUACAAAAGAAAUGGAGCAGGAUUUGCUUAAAGAGUACGGCAUGAUUGAAGAGGAAGAGGAUGAGGAUGAUGAAGCUAAUGAGCCACCUGUUUUGGUGCCAGCAGAAACCAAUGAUAUCGACGAGUAUCGGAAGCAAUUGGAGCAUGAAGUAAGCUACAGUGAAACGAAACCAUCGGAGAAAUCAAAUGAUGCUAUAAAACGCUAUAUUGAGUCAUGCACACAAUUUUUGGGUGACUUGAACGUCAGUCCAGAGGUGCCAGACGAGGUUUUGGCGGCGGCGACAGUUAAUAGCGCAGCUAAGCAAGUUAUGCCAGUUGAGCAACAGAAGAUUGUUGAGGCAGUUCCUAUAACAAAGCCAUCAGUUGAGGUUGCCGAUGAUGCGCACUCGAUUAGUUCGAAUGACUUGGAAAAAGAUGAAAUGCCAGAGUUGGCCGGACUGGAUCCGAAGUCCAGAAUGUAUCGUCUCAAGCAGGUUGAGAUAAUGCUCAACGAUGCUCGCAGUCAGCGCUCCUAUUCAACCACAGCAAGCACAAUAGCCCCCUCUGUGAUUACAGAACGUUUACGUCGCAAUAUGGAUGUGCAUGAGAAGCGGGAACAGCGCAAGCGUUGUGUAGCCAAGGGAGAGGCAAGCGCUGUGCAUCGUCAUCGCAAGGAAAACAAGGAUGUGGUCAAAGAAUAUGCUGGCUGGGACUUUUAGUUUACCAUAAGUGCUUAUUUUAUUUCUCUUUUUAAAUGUAAAUAAUAAUAUCC